AUGCGCGGAGGACUUCAAAGGGCGAAGCAAAGGAAAAAAAAGGGCGAAGCAAAGGAAAAAAAAGGGCGAAGCAAAGGAAAAAAAAGGGCGAAGCAAAGGAAAAAAAAGGGCGAAGCAAAGGAAAAAAAAGGGCGAAGCAAAGGAAAAAAAAGGGCGAAGGCGAACGAAAGGAAAAAAAGGGCGAAGGAAAGGAAAAAAAGGGCGAAGGAAAGGAAAAAAAGGGCGAAGGAAAGGAAAAAAAGGGCGAAGGAAAGGAAAAAAAGGGCGAAGGAAAGGAAAAAAAGGGCGAAGGAAAGGAAAAAAAGGGCGAAGGAAAGGAAAAAAAGGUCUGUUAUACACAGUCUGUGUAAGAAGCAGCAGAAGAAGAAGGAGGAGGAGGAGGAGGAGGAGGAGGAGGAGGAGGAGGAACCGCCAACAGGUUUCAUCCAUCCACUGGGCUUCCUUUCCUGA